AUGACUGCCGCCGAGAAAUCCACCGCCGGCAUCGACACCAGCGUCGAUUCCGCCGUUCCCCCAUCAGCACCUCCGCCGUCAAACCAAAAGGCUCCCAUCUCCGCCGUCCUCGCUACAACUCCAUCCCGCGUGGACGCCUUCCUCGCGCACCUCCUACGAUGCAUGCAAACACGAGCCGGCGCCGAGGCCGUCCUCCUCUUCGCCUGCUAUGCCUCCCGAUUAACCGGCUCCGUGCUGGAAACCGUCGGCGGAGCAGCCAUCCGACAAUCAGCACGGCGUCUCGUCGCCCUGGCGUUCAAGCUACCGCCCGCGACAACCGUGGUAAUGUCCUCUGCCACGCCGCAGCCUCCGCUCGCGGCCCUGGCUCUCCAGGUAGGAGGACGGUUCAAGGCCCUCGCCGCCAUGAUUAGCGAAACCAGAACCAUGGGCCGCCUCUGGGGCCUGCUAGGCUUAUACUUUGCCGCCAAGAGACUGGUUCUGAGGACGCGCGCAUCAGCAAAGUCCAAGGACAAGGCGAUUGGAACUGAAGAUUCGUCCGAGGCCCUGUUCGACACGCUCGUCUCUUUUGCACAGAUUACGUCUCUCAUCGUCUACCAGGCGUCUGAGAACGUGGCCUUUUUGUCGAGUAAGAAGGUUCUGCCGUUUGCGCCGGCUACACAGGGCCGUUUGGGGCUGCUGAGUGUUCGCGCUUGGGGUCUGUAUGUUGCCAUGGAGGGGGCUCGCUUGCUGGUCGAGCGGGCUCGCAAGGUGAGCAGUGGUGCGGCGGCAAAGGAUACGGUUUGGGCGGCGCAGUGGAACAAGAGCUUCUUCAGGAACUUGGCGUGGGCUCCUCUCACGGUUCAUUGGGGGUCAACGACGGGCGGGUUCCUGCCUGAUAUUAUGAUUUCGUUGUUGGCGUUUUACCCUGCGACGGGGGGCAUGGUUGACUUGUGGCGGGAUACGGCGUAG